AUGGUCGAACGUCGAUCCAAAGGGAGAAUGUGGAAAUGCCGACGCCUGGGCACCGGCGAGGUGUCCCUGCUGCGGAUGGUAGACCUCGAGCUGACGAAUGCAGGUCGAGAUGAUGGAAUGCCAACUUCCUUCCUGCGUGAGGCGGCGCUCCUAUCGGAGCUGAAACAUCCCAACAUCAUCAGGCAUUUUGGCGCCGAGAUCCUGGCGAAGAAGGCUGUCAUGAGCACCGAGUACGUGCACGAGAGUUGGAGCUCUUGGUUCAAGAGGCUGGAGGUGUGCUCGCAGUUCGAGCGGGUCCUCGAUGUCAGGCAAAAGUUCAAGCAGAUGCUCAUGGGCCUAAGCUAUGUGCAUCACCAGGGGCUAAUCCACCGAAACCUGAAGCCGGACAACCUGUUUCUGGAUCUCAGCGGUACGGUGAAACUUGGCGACUUCACCACAACACGAACGCUGGACAUCCCGUUCCAGGUCUACACGCCGGAAGAUCCGAAAGAAAGGGAUCGCUCUGGGCGGGAGAUGAGACGGCUUUGGUAUCGGGCGCCAGAGUUGAUCUUGCGAGACGAGAUCUACGGCCCUAAGGUGGACAUGUGGUCCGUCGGGUGCCUGCUCGUUGAGGCAGCAUCCGGGAAGUCGCUGUUCCAGUCUGAUGGUGAGAUGGACCAUCUUUUCCGCGUCUUCCGCGCCUUGGGCGUGAAGUAG